AUGAUCUUCGUACUUAUUGGUUUUGUAAAUAUUAUUCCAGACAAUAAAGAUGUGCUUAUAAGUGGCUGUGAUACAGUUGUUGGUCACAUAUUAGCCAUUGAACUCGAUAAACAAGGUUUUAAUGUGUUUGCUAGUGUACAUAUACCUGACAAUAAAACAAUAUUGAAAGCUAAACUCUCAACAAGAGCAAAAAUAUUUCAUCUGGAUAUAACAAAAGAAGAAGAUAUUGAUACAGUAUUUGAAUUAGUACAGAAAAAAACUAAUACACUUCAUGGACUUAUAAAUAAUGCUCGUAUUAUAACACAUGGUUAUAUCGAUUGGACUCCUAUAGAAUUAAUGCGUAAAAUAAUGAAUGUAAAUUUUUUUGGACAUGUUGCAACGACAAAAAAAGUUCUUACCGUUGCUGAUAAGAAAACAUCAGUCUCGUGUACCUGGAAUUUACGAACACCAAUGAAUGAAGGUUAUGCAGAUAUUUUACAAAAUCUAUGGAAUGAACUUUCCAAUGAUAUACAAGAACGAUGGGGAAACGGUUUUUUAAAUAGUUUAAUCACACGAGGAAUCAGUAGUCCUAUUAUGAAACAUCCUGAUGAUCCAAAAACGGUGGUAAGAGCUGUUUAGCAUGCUGUUAUGAAUAUAAAUCCUUGUAUUCAUUAUCGACCAGGCUGGCAAGCGAAACUCUUUUUUAUUAUAUUAUAUUUACCACUGGCUUGGUUAAUCGAUAAAAUUUUAGCUAGAGUCUAUCAUUUGGUUCCAAAUGGUGUGCGAAAACAAUAUCAUCUUCAUUAAAAGACAUUGUUUAAUGUGUUCUACAACGAAUAGAUAUACUCUAGUUUGAAAGGCAUAGAGAUUAACUUAAUGUUGUCGAUUUCUGUUGAGAAUCAAGUUUGGUAUUUAUCGGCUUAAAAUAUAGGAUUGCAUGUGGCUGAAAAUUGCGCUUACAGUGAAUAAACACUGAAAAAUCUUCAUGAAACAACAUAAGACUAUUCAAAAAAUUUGUAAUUCAUUGAUAUGAUGUUGUCAUAGAGUGACGUAUCGGGAAAAAAAAGAUAAAUUGUUAUUAUAUUUCAUUUUUCAUGAACAGAUAAUGUAUAUAAAACAUGAAAAGCGAAUAAAAGUUGAAUUUAAAAUGAGAAGGGUGUGGGUGGGUUAAAAGGGAAUAGCUCUUCCCACACCCACACCCUUCAGAUUUUCUUGUUUGUCUAUUGGUCAACUAUUCAAUUCUAUGAUCGAUUCGUCUACGGUUUA